GGUCUGGCUGAAAAUGAGGAUAUUGUUCAAUUCUAUCAUGCAUUGGCCAGAAGUCUGAAUCCGAUCAAUGCGGCUGGUUACAUCUACUCAUACAUGGAACGCACUUCGAUCAACUUGGUCCGUCCCCUGGGACCACCUAUGCCCGGCAACGAGGCGGAGACCAACACUGCCGGUUCCGCGCCGACUGUGAUCGAGACAGACGUGUGCUUGGUGACCGGGGAUCGAGCGACCGAUUUGUCUAGAGCUCUGGCCGAAAUGAACGGACAAAUGGAUCCUAAACGGACACAAUUUCUUAUGAUUCCGGAUUGUACAGGCAUGGUGAUGGAAGAGAACCCGGAUAGACUGUCAGUGAACUUUCUGCAUUUCCUACGUAGUAUUGGUUUGCUGAUCAAUCUUACUCCGGAGAAACUGCAUCAACAAGCGGCCACCUUGCAUGAACAUCUACCCGAGAUCGAUUCUAGUCUGUCCGUGGAAAAUAUUCCAGCCAGACUGACUUUGGAAAAUGAUUCGUGA